AUGUACCGGUGCCUGUGGGGGUUCGACACCGCGGACGCGGCGUUAUUCGCGUCGAGCUUCGCAGCCGACGACUGCGUCUUUGACCUCAAUGGCAAGGUCAUGCACGGCUUGGAAGAAAUCAAGGCAAAAUGCUUCGACUCCAUUGCGAAAUUGGACACGACGCACUUCCUCACCAAUGUGCGUGUUAGCUAUGUCGAAGGCGAGUCCACCGCCGUGGGUACCAGUUGUGGACUGGCGCAGCACUAUGCCCCGGGCCAGGGGCUUCGCGACAAUUCCAGGUCGCUCCUGGUGGGAAGUCUGUACUGGUAUGAGUUUGUCAAGGAUGAGUCCGAUGGUGGUGGUGGUGGUGGUGGCCUGUGGAAGAUCAAACAUUGGAGGGUGAAGUCGGUCUGGAGUGAAGGCGACUGGAGCAUUUUGCAGGGGUAA